UUUGCCAGAGGAGGGACACUGGAAAGGGAUUGCGCAUUGGAAGACAGACGACACAGAGACAUAGCUAACUAGCAUAGCUAUGUUGUUAUAGCGCUUUUAUAAGUGAACUUAGUGAUUUAAAUAGUUUUGUUCGAUAUGAAAAUGUUUAAUUGAGUUUUUCGAGAAUGCAUAUUUGUUGAAACACUUCAACAUGGACAAGUAGAAGAAAAAGUGAGAAUGUAGUAAAAUGUAGUAGCUAAGCUAACUCUGGGCAGCUUAUUAAUAACUAAACUCAACUGGACUUUUUCAAGAACAAAUGUUCCAGCUUUUUUGGGAAAGUUACCAACUUGCUUUAUCAUGUAACAUUGAUAUAUUUGAGUAAACAAACGAAAGUUACUCGCAAGUAACUUGAGGCUUAUUCAAGAUUUAACUUUGUAUAUUUGUUUUUGCCAAGUUUGUGAACUGGAAGAGUUGCACUGUGGCAAUCAACAUAAUGUCAACAGCAUCAUCAGCAACCAACUCAACCCAACAGCAGCAACAGCGGGUCAAGCGAAGCGGUGACAGCGGGGUCUCCCCAACCAUCUCUCCGGCCGGCUGCAGCAACGGCAGCACCACCACGAUCCGGUUGCAGCCUAUUCGUGCCACGGUGCCAUACCAGCUCUUGCGUGGAAGUCAGCACAGCCCAACCCGCUCCUGCUCCUCUUCCUUCACAGUCGCGAGCAACACAGAACCGACAUCGACGUCCCCUUGCAACAGUCCCUCCAGCCCGACGCAGCUGCUGCUCGCGAACCCGGGUGGAAACGGCUCGGUGGAGGGCAGGCUGGUCGCAAGGCAGAGACGCUCGCCGCCGGACAGCAAGAACUCACCUGAGCGGUGUCCGAUCUCGCCUGUUUUCAAAGAGAGGUCCAAGCCCCAGCAGCGUAACUCGGGAGCCAUACGGCGGACUUCCUCCCUGGGUACCAUCACCGGCCCCUACCUUACCGGCCAGUGGCCUCGUGACCACCACGUGCACUACCCCUCAUGCAUGAAAGAUAAAUCCACUCAGACACCUGGAUGUUGGAGUGAAGAAGCAGGAGAGAGGAGGAGCACACACCAGCGCUCUGCGUCUUGGGGCAGCGCCGACCAGCUCAAAGAGCAGAUAGCCAAGCUCCGGCAGCAGCUGCGUGGCGGUAGUAAACAGCAGCAGGGAGGUCGUCAGUCUCAGUGUCAAAGAGACAAAGACAGCCUGUCUCCUUUACAGGGACCUAACAACACCAUCAACACCACUGCCAACCAAGCACAGUGGUCCUGCAUGUCUAAGUCAUCUCAGAUGUCCAACAUGACGGUGCCCAAGUCCUCCAUCACCAGAGUGCCCAGCAGCAUGGAGGGAAUCAACCACGAGCUGGAAAAGGUCUUCAUCAGAGACAAUAACGGAGAGAAGGAAGAACUCAAGGUGUUGGAGGUACCAGACGGGCGGCGAGCCCCCUUUCCCCCCCAACAGCGUAGCAGCAGUACCCGCAGUGUGGACACACAGACUCCCUCUGUCCCUGGCCGCUCCAGCAGUAGUUCCAGCCUGUCCCCCUGUCCCUCUCCUGCCUGCCCCCCGGGGUCCGGCUCACACGGGGGCAGCCCUUACUCCACUGACGAUCUGCUCUACGACAGGGAUAAAGACAGUGGCAGUAGCUCUCCGCUGCCUAAGUUUGCCUCGUCUCCUAAACCCAACAACAGCUACAUGUUCAAGAGAGAACCCCCAGAGGGCUGUGAGAAGAUCAAGGUGUUUGAGGAAAUGAGCUCCAGGCAGUCAGCGUCCGUCCCUCUCUUCUCCUGCCCCGACAAGAACAAGGUCAACUUCAUCUCCACCGGCUCCGCCUUCUGCCCCGUCAGACUGACCCCCGGUGCCCUGCACCUCUCUGUGACCUCUCACCCCGAUGAUGACCCCGAGGCCGGCCCCAGCUCAAUGAUGUCAGCAUUCUGCCGUGUCCUCCCCUCUCAGGUCCACACCUCCACCAGCACAGACGACGCUCCCACCCCCGAGGAAGCUGCCCCUGCAACGCCCUCCUCUCCCCAGCAGGGGGAGACACCAGAGACUGCCCUUCAGACAGACAGCCUGGCCAUCAGCUAGACCUGGGCAGAGCUGGCCUCUGUCACAUGGUUCUGUUUCUUAUUGUUAUUAAUCAUUUGAUUAUUACGUCCCCACCACCAUCAUCAUCAUCAUUACUGAAGUCUGGUCUCCUUUCUCUAAAUUACCUCCCCCUCCUCUCUGUCUCUGCUGAACUCUACAUACUCUGCAUGGCGUAGUGCUAGCAACAAUGUACCUGACGACGACGACAACAACAACUAACAACUGAGAAAACAAAGACAUGUUCCUAGCCUAUUCCUAAAGCACUGUUCCUGUCAGAGAUAGACAUGAUGUUCUUUAACAGCACGUAAUAAGUAGAGAUAUUGGACGCUGGCAUGGGAUGGAUGGGAAGAAAAUUAAACACUUUGGAUAAGGGGCAUGCGUUUUAAACUGGCAGUGUGUUUAAGAUUAAAGACAUGCUCCGGUACUUUGCCAACUAAAAAAUUAUAUUUUAAACCUUCCGCUUUGGGCUGGAUGUGUCAAUGUGUGGAUCAUACAUGCAUAAUCUAUGAGCAGAAUUACUGUCUUACCUCAAUUAGCCACGGAAUUCCUAGUUUGAAAGCCACUAUUUUCUUGAAGAUGUGCUGCGCCAUUUUCUUCUACAUUUCCCCCUACAUAGGCCAGCCAGCCCCCUAGCAAUUCGAGUUCUAGCCAAUGAGCUUCAGCCCCUGGCAUUUGAACGACAGCUAGCGAUAUCCAAUGAAAAUUGCAGGUUGGACCUAAUGGCUCAGCGAGAGAGAGAGAUCAAUCGCAUGUGUGAAGUAGUACGCAAUUUUCAGGGACUACUUUUGGCUCAUGUGUGCUACUUUCAGAACUACUGGCUAAAAAUGAUACAAAAGUACCGGAGAAUCUCUUUAACUUAUGUGUUAUUGUGUUCUGUUUUGACAUUCUCCACAGUAUGAAUAAGCUCUAUACACCAUAUUACACAUUAUAUAUCUUGUGAAAAGAAAAAAAACAACGCUUGUUUAAAUAGAAAACGGUGUAUUGCUGUGUUAUGUUAUGUACAGUAACGGAGAAAGGAAGAAUUUUUUUUUUCAGGAUUUAUGUUUACACAAUCCAGGUUAUGUUUCCAAACCUCCUUUGAAACAUGCAAAGAAUAAUCAAAAAAGUGGGAAAAAAAGACAUAAAGAAGAAAAUUCUAAAUGGCCGCCACAAUCCGUUGCACAGUCUCCAUUGCGUCUGGCCUUGCUUCAGGUAUAAAUCACAAACGGAGUCUAAACUCAGGAAAUUUGGAAUGUAUGCCCAUGUUCCAUGACACAGGUUGACUCGGCUCCGACUGCAUUUCCUUGUUGAAGCUUUGCUUUCUCUCAUUCCAGAUUCCAUUCCAGAAAUUCGGAACCUUUUAUUCCCCCUAGACAUGGUGUUAUGAUGUGCUGCCCUAAGACUUGACCUGUGCUUGGUUGACAUGAAAGGUUGACUGUUGUUAGCAGUGGUGGAAAAAGUCCCCAAUGUCAUACUUGAGUAAAAGUAUAGAUACCUUAAUAGAAAGUUACUCAAGUAAAAGUUUUUUAAAAAGCAGGCGGGACAGUUUUCUUGUUUUUAAAUUGUAUGGAUAGCCAGGGGCACACUCCAACACUCAGACAUCAUUUCCAAAAGAUGCCUUUGUGAGUCCGUCAGAUCAGAGCCAGAAGGGAUGACCAUGGUUGUCUUGAUAAGUGCGGGAAUUUGACCUUUUUCCUGUCCUGCUAAUAAGCAUUCAACAUGUAACAAGUACUUUUGGGUGUCAGGUAAAAUGUGUGGAGUACAAAGUACAUUAUUUUCUUGAGGAAUGUAGUGAAGUAAAAGUUAAAUAUAUAAAUAGUAAAAAUAUAAAUAGUAAAGUACAGAUACCCCAACAAAUUACUUAAGUAAUACUUUAAAGUAUUUUUACUGAAGUACUUUACACCACUGGUUGUUAGGUGUCUUGGUUGUCUUUAUGAGUGACUAGUAACAGACCAAGACCACUGUGAGAGAUAACGGCUGUGCAUGUUUGAGAGAAGUCUGUAAGGGCCAUGACUGUCGAUGCCUGACAAUUCUGUGUGGUCAAACCCUCUGCAGCCGUUGUGCUGUGGUCAAGGUCAGGUAGCAACUUCAGUGUUCAACUUCAGGUCAAUCUGGGUUGACUGGUCCUAGUCAAGUCAUGGCCUGCAGUAACAUCAAAUAAAAUAAGCAUUUGAUUGGUUACGUUCAGGUGACGUCCAGUCUGAGACUGUUUUAAUAUCACAUAGACAACAUAAUUAUGCUUUACUAUUGAUUCAUAAGACAUUCCAUGAGAUUCUAGCUGGUUAGGGGUCGAGAAGACUCAUCAAGUCAUGUCCAAACGUUGAUCUUUAGGCCCUCCAGUGCGCUGAGUUUGAGGUUUGAUUAGAGAGGACCUAGUAGGUUUAUUGCACCUGCAGAAUUGGUAGAUGUUUCAACUUUGGAUUUCUAAGGGAAGGAGUAAACUGUCCCGAUCCUUAUCCAGUCCAUGUCUUUGUAAAGCAUUACACUUCAGAAUGUCAUGACUCAUGAGUAAUUAUUGACAUCAUCUUCCUCAAAGGAAGCAAUUCUCCUAUGAGCGUCCCAUAUUUGAUUCUGUGCACAAUAAUUCCCUCUGCAGAUUUGUCUGUAACAUCAUUCUUGCAUGGAACACAACACCACCUGUACAAUGAUUCCCUUAAUAAGACAUUCAAGUCAAAGAUAAACCAUAAUCAGAAACAUUAUUUAUUUUGAUAUGCUAAUGUGUGCUUGUGGAAUUCCUGUCUGCAUUGAUACUCUUGUUCGUUGUUAGAUAUACUAUAUGGCUUUUAAAAAUAUCAAUGCAAUGUUGAUGUUGUUUUUAAUCAUUUAGCACCUUAUUAUCAAGCGAUAUAGCUUAUCCAAUGACUUACAUACAUUAACUAUGUGGCAUUGGUUAACUAGAUGUGUGCAAUAAUAGACAAGGUGUUGGUGUCCGUUGGGUCGGAUAUGUUUCGCUUCUUCUUCACCACUCCAUUUCCUCUCUCUCAUUCCUUUGGUUUGGAGUAUAGAGCCAAAUCAGCACUUAAGCCAGAUUCACACUAUAGGACUGUACUGUGCUGGCUCUGAUCAUUUAUUUUCCAGCACGGUUCCAGCAACUAUAGUGGCUCGGCCCGGUAUGGCUCAGUAGUGUGAAAAGCCUAACAACCUGUUGAGAAAGCCAUUACUCGACACAUAAACCAGCACUGGAUAUGAUGUCACCAGAGCACAUAGUUAUUGGCUAGCAGGUCAUCAGUGUUCAUCAGCUCACCCAAUCAGCUCGCUCCUCAUUGGAUCUGUGGGGCAAAAGGUCAUGCACAAACACAAUAAAAGGAUUGGUUGUUGAUGUGA